UAAAAGAUGUCCUCUGGCCCGGGUUGGCUGCACUGUGGCUUCCCGGAUGGCAACAGAGGACAGGGAGGUGAUGGAAGCCCGGGGGGCAGGAGAAAGUUGCCCCCCCUUCUCCAAGUUGGUGCCUGGUGACCCCACAUCUGAAGGGAAGCCAAGGGUCAUGUUGGAGGCGGAGUCCCUGAAGCCAGACUCAUCCUACAACUACCUGGAGGAGAUGGACACCGGCGAGGACAGAGACAGCUGCCCGGGGCUCCCCAAGUCCGGUCCCACCCCCAAGGGCCAGGCGGGUGAUGCGCCCCAGCCCACGGAACUGUCCCCAGCCCCAGGGACGGAGCACCCGGUCUCCGUGGAACUGGAGAAGCUGCGCAUGGACUUCGAGCUGGUGCGGCUCAAGCACCUGCAUGAGGAGAACGAGCGGCAGCGGCAGCACGAGGCGGUGAUGGUGCAGCUGCAGCAGCAGACGGCACCAGGCCAGUUCUCAGGUGGCCUCCAGGACCUCCUGCUGCCCCAGAACCAGUUUGCCAUGUUCCUGUUCUGCUUCAUCUUUGUACACAUAAUCUAUGUCGUCAAGGAGAUGGUCUUCUUCCUCUUCUCCAGGCACUACCUGUUCUGCAUUGCCGCCAUUUUGCUGUGUUUGAUUAAAACUUUCUGGUCCUACUUCCAAGUGCCUUUGCUCUCUCCAUCACUGGGAACCCCAUGCUAG